AUGUACAUUUUUCCCUCUCUGAGCGUCUUUCCUGCUGCAGAGGAGUGGCGAGAGGAGAGUGGACUUUUUCUCUCCAUGAAAACACCGGUGCUGGGUAGUUUCAGCUCCUGUGGGAAGAAGCAGCUGUACUUCAGUUGUGUGAAGGUGCUGAACCUUCGCUCUCCGGAGCGAGAUGAGGAGUGGCGAGAGGAGAGUGGACUUUUUCUCUCCAUGAAAACACCGGUGCUGGGUAGUUUCAGCUCCUGUGGGAAGAAGCAGCUGUACUUCAGUUGUGUGAAGGUGCUGAACCUUCGCUCUCCGGAGCGAGAUGACUGGAAUCACAAGGUUCACACAGCCAAGAUGAAGGCAAAAGUGAGGAUGUUCGUUGUCCUGCUGUGUGUGACUGGCAUCUGUGUGUUGAGAGGAAAUGUUUCAAGAGGGUUUUCAGAACACCUCAACCAGCUCCAGGACACAAACCCCUGUGCUUGUGACAAAUGCUUAUCAGAAGAUGAUCUGUGGUCUAUUCCGCGUUUCAACACAUCUGUUGAACCAUUUUUGUCAGCGCAAUACAAUCUCUCAGAGGAUGCUUUCAACUGGUGGAAGCGCUUACAGGUUGAAAGCCGCAACUUUAGUACCUAUAAAAAAACAGUGGACAGGCUGUUUGAGAUGUUCCCAUCCAGUCCAGAUGUCAUAAAACCCAGCCCUGACCUCUGCAGGAGUUGUGCUGUGGUGGGGAAUUCUGGUAAAUUGAAGCAAUCACGAUAUGGACCUCUCAUAGAUUUACAUGAUGUCAUCAUAAGAAUAAACCAUGGUCCUACCAAAGGCUUUGAAGCAGAUGUCGGGACCAGAACAACUCAUCGUGUCAUGUAUCCAGAGAGUGCCGUGGACUUGGAUAACAACACUCAUCUUGUGCUGUUUCCAUUCAAGAUACAAGAUCUCGAGUGGCUCAUCAAGGCCUUCUCUACUGGAUUUACUGGAAGGUCAUAUGUGCCAGUUAAGUCAAAUAUCAAAGCUAACAAGGAUUUGGUGAUGGUGAUCAAUCCAGCUUUCAUGAGGUAUGUUCAUGAGACGUGGCUGCAAAAGAAGGGCAGUUAUCCAUCCACUGGCUUUAUGGCUUUGAUUCUUGCCCUCCAUAUUUGUGAAGAGGUCCAUGUGUUCGGUUAUGGAGCAGACAAAAAUGGAAGCUGGAAUCAUUACUGGGAAAAACUCAAAGACACAAAGUUUAAAACCGGAAUACAUCCUGGAAGUCAUGAGUAUGGAAUUAUCGAGGAGCUAGCUAAGCAACAAAAGAUCAAGUUUUUUACAGGGCGGAGAUCUUUCUCUUAGCAUUUAAACUAUUCAUAAACUUGAUAGCAAAUCAUUUGCCAUGCAAAACAAGAAUGAGAAGACUAACUGCCUAGCAGCACAGGGAAAAAAAUGUGUAAUGAAUGUGAAUGAUACUGUUGUAGUGUUUUUAAACUAUUCAAACUGAUUCAGUGAGAUUAUCUAUAAAGUGAAAAUUGCUCACAUCCACAGAAAUGUAGGGUAACAGCUGUUCUAAGAUGAAAGCAGAAGGAGAAAAUAUUGUAUAGAUGGAUACAUAGUAUAGAAACACAAGGACAAUGAGAGUAGUAUCUUGAAUGAAUGUUUUGCCAGCUAUUUAAGUUCUAAAAUUUUAAAAUGACAGCGUGUUACAAUGUGUAGACUAUUGUUUUUUUUCUUGAA